AUGACGGCUACGAAUCGCGUCGACGACACAUUCGUUAACAAGGGCCCGGAACGGACUGUGUCCGGGCCGCGGCUCUAUCCCUUUCGUGAGGGCCGACACUCGGGGCGCACAUUGGCUGCACCGAGAGCCAAUCGCGUCGCACGCCGAUCUUCUUCGCCACUGGCCCGGCGUCACAACGGUAAAAGCGGUGGGGAAAAU